AUGAAUACCCGGGAAGUAGCUGGUCAGCCGUUAAGUCAACGUGAUUAUGAAAGUUUAAUUUCUCAACUAAAAGAUGACUGUUUUAAAAUAAUGAAACAAUUUAGAAAAAACAAUUUUUUACUAUCAAAAGAAACAAAUAUGGUAGAAAUUUUAAAUUUAAAAGAAAACUUGUUAUCCUCAGAAAGGGAUGCAAUUGAAAUGAAAUGCAAAAUAUUUGAUGAUACUAAAGAGAUAUUAGAAAAGGAAGCUAAUAAGUAUUUAGUAAAUAUGGUUAAUUGUAGAUGGGUAAUUGAAAAUGGUUAUCAAAAUAUUAAAUCAAUUUUGAAUGAUCAAUUAUCUAAUGCCAAGACAUAUGAUAGUGAUGUAACUGAAGAUAUUAAAUCAAAAAAUCGUUCAUUAAGAGAGGAUAUUUCUCAAUUGGAGGAAGAAAAGAAGAAACUUCUUGAAGAGAUAUCCUAUCAUGAAGAAAAAUGGAAGAAUUUAGAUCCUUCAAUGACAGAAAUUGAUGUGAGGCUUCAGGUGAAAAAAAAUGUAGUAAAAUCUAACAGAAUCGUUAGAAACAACUUGGCUAUUCUUGAUUAUAAACGACGAAAUACUUUAUUUACAAACUCAUAA